AUGCGAGAGGUCUCUGAAGAGGAGACUUGGAACUUCUACUGGACGGACAUGAGCGUGUCCGUCGAAAGAGCUAAGGAAAUGAAGAGGUUUCAGCGCAUCAACCAUUUUCCGGGCAUGUUGGAGAUUUGCAGGAAAGACUUGCUGGCCAGAAACUUGAAUCGAAUGCAAAAAAUCUACCCGAAGGAAUAUAAUUUCUUCCCUAAAACAUGGUGCUUGCCCGCAGAUUUCGGUGAAGCCCUGAACUACUGUAAAACUCAUAAGAACAAGACUUUCAUUAUAAAACCAGAGUGCGGCAGCCAAGGCCGCGGUAUAUAUUUAACGAAAUCACUAAAAGAAGUUAAGCCCACGGAUAAAUUGAUUUGCCAGGUUUAUUUAUCGAAACCGUAUCUCGUGGAUGGCUACAAGUUUGACAUAAGAGUUUACACGCUAAUAACGUCGUGCGAUCCUCUGAGAGUGUUUGUGUAUAACGAAGGACUUGUAAGAUUUGCCACAAGCCGAUACGCCGAUCCAAACGCGAGUAACACAACAAAUGUGUUCAUGCAUCUGACGAAUUACGCUCUGAAUAAACACAGUCGGACGUACGUUUAUGACUCCGAGGCUGGCACUAGCACUUCCAAGAUAUCGACAUUGAACAAAAUUCUGAUGUCGCAAGGCGUAGACCUGAGUCGUUUGUGGUACUCAAUAGACCAGGUCAUUGUGAAGACCAUAAUUGCUGCGUGGCCAAUCCUGAAGCACAGCUACCACGCCUGUUUCCCGUCGCACGACACGGUUCACGCUUGUUUCGAGAUUCUCGGGUUCGACAUACUUUUGGAUCAAAAGCUUCAUCCUUACAUUUUAGAAGUAAACCACUCACCGAGUUUCCACACAGACACACAAUUGGACCGGGAGGUCAAAGAGAACCUGUUGACAGAUACAUUCACGAUGCUCAACAUCUGGCAGUGCGACAAGAAACGUGUCCUAGAGGAAGACCGCAAAAGGAUAAGGGAUAGACUUUUACAAACUAACAAGUAUAUAGAGAACCCCGGCAUCGAAGAAAGAGAGCCGGAGACGAGCCCCUGGCAGACCCAGAUACAAUGGGAGGAGACACAUUUGGGUAAUUUUAGGCGCGUGUAUCCCGAGGGGGAGAGGUACGCGGCGCUGUUCCAGCAGCCUUCGGGAUCGCUGUACACCGGCACGGCCGCUUCGAGGGCGCGCGGGGACUGCGCACGACAGCAGAGAGAGCAGUUCGAGCAAGUCAAAGCGAAGGCGGAGGCUCUCAAGAAGCCGUUCCAAAUGAAACCGAUAAGGGAAAACGACAAGAAGACUGGCGACGAAAGUACGGCGAGCGAGACGGUCGCGGAAAGACCUAAGAAAAAGGACCCGAGAAGGGACGCAAAAGAUCGAAAAGAUAACGACGAGAAGGAGAAGACGAAGCAAGACAGAGACAGAGACAAGGCGCCUGCACAAUCGCAGCAACCCAAGAUAGAAAUACCAGCGAAACCCACGUACGUGCUGUGUUCCUUCGAACCGGAUCCUAUUGUGGAGAAAGAGGAACGCGAACGCGUCAACUUGCUCGCUCAGCGGGACUUCCUCAUCAGGAGCUACGGCAUGUUGGAACAGAUCUAUUUAGCGAUGAAGAAAAUGGGAACCUUGAGACCCGAAGAUGAACGCAAAUAUGGCGUCUACGGAAGACUAUCUGCGAUCUCCAACUCUCCCAAGAUUGGCGUUAAGAAAGCAAAAUCAUCAACAAAACUGGAAGCAGGGAAAGACGUUAACAAUUUAAAUGAACUGCUACACGUGGACUGUCACACCGCGGUCGUACGAGUAAUCAGGCGCCCACUC